AUGGACGCGAUCGCCGCGCCAUCGCCGUACAGGCUCGCUCAGUUGGCCACCGACGCCUACGAGUUGCCCCUCAAGGUCUUUACCGAAGGUGGUGGACAGACGUCCCCCUCGCUCUCCCAUCUAUGUCUUCUCGUUUUUGAGGCCGUCCUCGAAGUCGUUUGCGUCAGCUUGCCCGGCUACAUUAUUGCACGACUCGGUCAGUUUGACGCCGAUAAGCAAAAGUUUCUCGCCAAUCUCAACGUCUCGCUCUUCACACCAUGCCUGAUCUUCACGAAGCUCGCCUCGCAACUCAGCGCCGAGAAGCUGAGCGAUCUCGCCAUCAUCCCCGCCAUCUUCGUUGUCCAGACCCUUGUCUCCUGGACCGUCGCCGUCGUUGUCGCUAAGCUGUUCCGAUUCAACCGCCGCGCCUCCAACUUCGUCAUUGCCAUGGGCGUCUUUGGCAAUUCCAACUCGCUGCCCAUUUCUCUCGUGCUGUCUUUGUCGCAGACGAUAGCCGGCCUCCACUGGGACAGGAUCCCUGGCGAUAACGACGACGAGGUUGGCGCCCGCGGUAUACUCUAUCUUCUCAUUUUCCAGCAGCUCGGCCAGCUCGUACGGUGGAGCUGGGGAUACCACGUACUGUUGGCCCCCAAGGAGCGAUAUCUCGACUACGAUGACGAACGCGCCGAGGAGGGCCAAUUUCGUGACGAUGUGGCUGAAGCCCCUCUCCUUAUCGAAGGCCUCGAGGGCGAUACCGAAGAUGAGGCCGAUAGCAACGACCAUUACAACCCUCCAGGCCGUACACCAGUUGGUGGUGCCUCUCGUGCGUCGGUUGACGGAUCCUCUGAAGACGAGGGCACGCCCAAGAAGAAGAAGCAAACCAAUGGCCACCAGCAGCCAGACUUUGCUGCCAUUCCCGACGUUCAAGAUGGCGAGCAUGAGGAAGAAGAAACGCCCGCGAGUGCCUGGGGCAAAGCUCAACUGGGUAUCCGCAAAACUCUUGCACGAAUCGGAAUCAGCAUCAACAAUACUCGCCUCCGCAUCUACAAGUCGCUUCCCAGCCCUGUCCAGUCCCUUCUCCGCGGCCUCUCAUUUGUUGGCGUCAAGAUCAACAAGUUUCUCUGGGACUUCAUGAACCCUCCCCUGUGGGCCAUGUUGAUUGCCGUACUCAUUGCUUCUGUUCCGACACUGCAGCGCCUCUUCUUCGAAGAAGGCUCCUUUGUCAAGAACAGCGUUACCAGCGCCAUCAAGUCUAGCGGUGGCGUAGCUGUGCCCCUCAUUCUGGUCGUCCUCGGCGCCAACCUCGCCCGCAACACAAUGGCUAACCCCGACAGCAUCGACCUAGAGGAAGAGGAAAUCGGCACCAAGCUCCUCAUUGCAUCGCUGCUGAGCCGCAUGCUGCUCCCUACCAUUAUCAUGACGCCGAUCCUAGCUCUGCUGGCCAAGUAUCUCAAUGUCAGCAUCCUCGAUGACCCCAUCUUUGUCGUUGUUUGCUUCCUCCUCGUUGGCGCUCCCAGUGCCCUUCAGCUGGCCCAAAUCUGCCAGAUCAACAACGUAUAUGAGAAGACCAUGGGUCGCCUGCUCUUCCAGAGCUAUGUUAUCUGGAUCCUUCCUUCUACUCUCAUGCUCGUCAUGCUGGCACUCGAGGUCAUUCAAUGGGCCCGUUUGUAA